AUGGAUGCGGUGAUGGAGGACGCGCAGGCGCAACCAGGUGGGGAAUGGGACCGCGGCAGCGGCGGGGCCGACGCGUUGCUGGGCCUCGCCGGCGCCGGCGCCUCGCUGUCCGUGUGCUACCACGAGGCGUUCGGCCCUCACGACGACCUCAUCCUCCUCGAGGCAGGCGACGACCUCCUCCCUGACCUUCUACAGGGCCGGGUGACUGUGCGGGGACGGCCUGAAGAAGAAGCGGUUCUCUGCACGCCUUCAGCGACUUAUGCCAUGAAGUUUGUGGGUACAUCCAAUUCGAUGUUCCUAAUACCACCCGGCGAAGCGGUCGCACCAAGCUUAAGACCAGGCCAUGCCAAUGAGGAUGCUACUACCACAUCCGAUGCGGCUGCUUCUAUCAUCAAGGUAGCACCAGGGAGCAUUGAGUUAGUCCGAACGGCUCCACGGCUCGACAAGCUGAGGAGCCUUCUCAGGGAGAGGCCCUAUGUGCUUGAUGAGGAUCUUGGAGAUGACUCUGAGCAUAAGAAGGGGCUGUACACGUGGGAAGACCUCUGUGUCCUCGUUCAGGCCAGCGACAGCGAGCUGAUGGACGGGCUGAAUUCCAUUUCGGCCGUCGAGAUCGAUGGGUUCUGGAGGACUGUUGAUGUCGGUUCCGUGAACACGGUUCUGGACAUGAUUCUGCACAACUCCGUGCUGCAUGAUUGGCUGUUAAAUGCCGUGCCAGAAAAUGCUGUGCUAUCUGUCAUGGAAUCUGAUGGUUUUAUUCCUAAGAUCGUAACCCACUGCCUCAACAGAUUUGGCACAAAGAUUGAGCAGGAAGCGGCAAGUUGUUGGAGCCUUGACGAGAAACUGGUAUGCUUGCAAUUUGCACGGAGGGCGCUCAGCGCAGGAACAAUGAAGCUCAACAGUUUCAUGGAUAAAUGGGAGCGAAGCAUCCCUUCAGGAAUGCGUGCAGAUCUUCAGAUGCUUGAAGGGGAAGUGCUGUAUGAGAAGCGUGGGACUGAGACCUGGGUACAUGCUUUCAGGGUUGCUGAUCUGCCGUUGACACCAGCUGAGAGGUUUGCAGCUCUAUUCCUUGAACGGCCAAGGUGGGAAUGGAAAGACCUGCAGCCCUACAUCAGUGACUUGCGUGUACCUGGUGCUUCUUCGGAAGGAUUGCUUAUCAAGUAUGCGAGAAGAACGCAGCCAAGCGCUGAUGACGAGCCUAUUUUCACUGCCAGAUGA